AGAUAUGUAACACAUUAUAUGUCUGAGAGAAUUAAUUUUACUCACAUCUUCUUAUGUCUCUCAAAAUUAAAUUCUUGAGUUCAUCUCUGCAAGGCCUCUGAAAGUUGUUUCAUGUAAGAAAAGAUAUCGGGUUCGGGAUCGCACAAUAUACAACAUUAUUUCGAAUUUCCUCAACGUAUGGUUUUGAAGUUUAUGUUUGAUGUUGCAGUGGGCGUAUAUGUUUCUCCCGUCUCAGCAUGAUUUUGGAAUAUCAUGAAAAGAAGGAUAAUAUAUAGGGUCUCAAAAUUAGUUUUCAAUUCACUUUUGUUUUUUCCCCUGUCAAUUUGACAAGUUUACAUCAAUCAAAAUGAUGAGGGUGUUCAGAAACCAUUAUGUAUGCCGGCACUGUUGGAAACACCUGCAUAGGACAUUUAUCAGAAAGAGAAGUAGUGUGAACUGGACUUCUAGUUCUGUUCGGACCGCUUUCCUAGACUUUUUCUGUAGACAACAUGAUCAUCAGUUAGUUUCGUCAUCCUCCAUCAUCGCGAAAAAGGGAGAGGGGUCCUAUUUCAUCAAUGCAGGGAUGAAUCAGUUUAAACCAAUUUUUCUGAAUGAUGUUGAAGAGAGCAGUCCCAUGGCUUCGUACAGAAGAGUAGCCAACAGCCAGAAGUGUGUGCGUGUGGGAGGUAAACACAAUGACCUGGAGGAUGUGGGUCGUGACCUCACUCAUCACACAUUUUUUGAAAUGCUUGGUAGCUGGUCUUUUGGUGACUAUUUUAAGAGAGAAGCUUGUGUCAUGGCCCUGGAACUGUUGAGAGAUGUCUAUAAAAUCCCUACGUCUUCUCUGUACUUUACCUAUUUCAAGGGAGACAACUCUCUGCAGCUACAGGAGGACACAGAAACAAAGGAAAUAUGGCUAAGUUUAGGAAUUGAUAAGAGCCGGGUUCUACCAUUUGGAAUGAGGGACAAUUUUUGGGACAUGGGACUGACAGGUCCAUGUGGACCCUGUACAGAGAUUCAUUAUGACCACCACCUUGGGUACCGGGAAGUUCCUCAUCUAGUGAACGCUAGCUCUCCGGAGGUUGUGGAGAUCUGGAACCUUGUCUUCAUGCAGUACAACAGGCAGGAAGACCAGUCAUUGAUCCCCCUCCCUAAGAAUCACGUGGACACGGGUCUGGGUCUAGAGAGAAUGACAGCGGUCCUUCAGGGAUCCACCUCUAACUAUGACACAGACCUCUUCAGGCCGAUAUUUGAUGCCAUCCAGAGAGACUGUGGUGUGCCACCGUAUAAAGGAAAAGUUGGCUCUGAGGAUCCCCAGGGUAGGGAUAUAGCCUACAGAAUUGUGGCCGACCAUGUCCGUAUGUUGUCUGUUUGUUUGUCUGAAGGAAUACUGCCGGAUAAAGCGGAUCCCCAUGGUCACAAAGUGAGGUCUGUGUUGUACCGCUGUCUACGGUCAGCCAAAGUUCUGGACGUCAGACCUGGCUACAUCUCCAGCCUAGUGGACAUUGUAGUGGACAGUCUGGGAGCUACAUACCCAGAGCUGAAUGACAGCUGUAAAAGGGUGAAGGAGGUUAUUGACGCGUCUGAGGACCAUUAUCACAGAUCACUGGAGCUUGGCACCAAGUCCUUCAAAAAAUUCCUCAGAAGGAGGAAACAUUCAGGACCCAUUAACAAUUCGGAGUACCACGACCUUUUGUCUGGUCAUUAUGGGUCUCAGGUUCCCAUGGAGAUCCUGGAAGGUCUGACACAGCAGCAUGGUCUUUCAAUACAGAUAUCUAGUGGAGACUCCAAGGAAGAGACAGACAGACAGGCAGACAAAGAGGAGCAGAUCCACAUUGUAAGCAACCUAAAGGCAAAGAUUUCACAGCGUACAGAGGAUCAUUAUAAAUACUUAUAUAAAGCCACAGAGUCAUCUUAUGAUUUUCCUGAUUUACCGGACACUACUGUCGUGGGGAUCCUCUCUGGACAGUUAAUGGAUAGCUUGAAAUCUGGGGAAGAGGGGAGUGUGUUUCUGGAUAAGACCUGUUUCUAUGCAGAGUGUGGGGGACAGGCAGGGGACACAGGGGUGUUAGAAAAUAAGACAGGGAUGUUCAUAGUGAGAGACACACAGACACAGGGAGAUUACAUACAACACAUCGGCCAUGUGGAGAAAGGAGCGAUCAAAAUGGGAGACAAACUAACGGCUAAGAUUGAUCAGGAGAGACGCAUGGCCAACAUGAGAGCUCACACAGCCACACAUCUCCUGAAUUGCUCGCUGCGACGUUUGACCGAUGAUGCACGACAGAAUGGUUCACACGUCGGGGAAGACAGACUGUAUUUUGAAGUCUUUACAGCGAAAAAGCUGGACACUGUGUUAGAUGUGAAGGGACUACAGAAUGAGGUCAGGGAGGCCAUAAGGAGGAGAUUGCCGGUCAGGAGUCAAUGCCUGCCCCUCAGUCAGGCACAGUCCCUGGACAGUGUAGUGUUUCUACAGAACGAGGUCUAUCCACACAGUGUCAACGUUAUUUCAAUAGGAGCAGGGCAGCCCAUCUCUGUAGAACUAUGUGGGGGAACACAUGUUCACAAUACAGGAGAUAUUGGAGAUUUUUGUAUAGAGAAACUAAAAGGUGUAGGUCAAGGGAGAAAAUCUGUGUACUGUGUUACUGGGGAACUCGCCAGAAAGGCACAGGAAAAUGGAGAUAAACUCAUCCGUGUCAUGGGGGAGUUGGAAACAGCUGUAAAACAUGAUAAGGGACAAGACAAGUGGGAGACUAUGGUGAAGACAAUUAACACAAUGAUGUGGGGUGAUGUACUGCCCAAACUGGAGAGAGAGAAUGUAGAAAACAGACUCAAUCAAAUCGGACACAUCAUCACUACGAAGCUCAACAAACUAUGCGAGGAAAGACUUGGGAAGGAAAUACACAAUUCUCAUCAGGACUUGGCUGACUGGAUACUGUUAAACAUUGAUUAUGGAAACCUGAAUGUGAUCAAAAAAGCACUGAAGAAAUUAGAAGUUGAUAAGCCCCUAGUGAUUGUGAAUACAGACAGUAAAACUACAAAUAUUGUGAUGUGUUUUCCCCAGAAGUGUGAUCCCAGGUUUAAACAAGAACUGUUGUCUGUGAUCAAAGAACUGAAGGUGAAGAGGAAGCAGUCGAAAACUAAUGACGGAAUAGAACUGUACACUGCCUCAGUACCGGAUCGGGAACGGAGCGAACACAUACGGCAGUCUCUCUGUGACAUUUAUCAUGAGGAUCUGAAAAAUGUUAAUAAAAUGUAAUACAACUUU